AUGUCACUUGAUGAAAUGACUAGCAGCAGGCUUAAGACCAGCAAAAAUGUGUUUGACAGGGGGUCAUCAUCAGGUGAUAACACGUCGACUGCAGAUGAUCAUGAAACCAUAGCUGACCAAACACAGUUGGACCCAGCAGAGGAUGCAAGUCUUGCCUCUGAGGAGACAAAUUUGGUGGAGCAUCAGCCAGGAGAGGAGGCUGCAGCCGUCAUUCUGGCUGUAGAGGAAAAGAUCGAUUUGGUCAGUAAAAGGGAGGAGCCAGAGGGCACCGAGCCCCUGGCUGCAGGAGCAGAGGAGACCUCAGAGCUGCCAUCUGCAUGGCAAGAGGAGAGCACUGGGCCUUCACCUCCAGCACCAGGAGAAGAUGCUGGGUCACCAGCACCAGGAGAAGAUGCUGGGUCACCGUCACCAGGACCAGCAGAGGACAGUGGGCUGGUAGAGGGCAGUGACAGCUCUGUAGUGGAAAUCAUUGAGAGACUACAUAUUACUGAAGAGGACCACCUCGUUGAGGGUGAGACGGGAGAACAGGUGGAAACUGAGCUGCUGAGUGAGAUAGGAAGUGGAGGGCCUGAAACAAAAGAAGAAGAAACAGGAGAAGCUGUGGAUGGUGCAGCAGCGACAGAGAUAGAGACAGCUAAUAACAAGGAAUAG